AUGUUCCGUGAACUGAAACCUCCAGUCGAGUUCUCGAUCAGCCGAACAAGACCUGGUCAAUGGAUCCUUGGCUCCAAGAUGAUAUGCGAAAGAGUCCAAAACCCAGAGUCCAAGCCCGUCGAUGCCCUUGUCAGCUGGGAAGCUGAGAAAAGCACUUUCUAUCUCCGCAGACGAACUCCGGAGGAUCCAAAAAAAAGAGCGGACGCCGAGACUGAUAGAGUCAGUGUCUCUGGGGUUUCGGCCGCCGUCUGGUGCAUUGGACAACGCUUGUUCAAGGCACAUGCUUGGCAUGGGAGCAUGGAGCUCGAGUCCUCCAACCUUCGCUUUGUCAAGAAAAAGGCGCCCAGUGUGCCUGUCCCGGAUGUUAUAUAUGAAUGGACGGACCCUGACACCGACAGGAACUUCCUUGUCACAACACGAAUCAAAGGAAGGACCUUGGAAGAAGCAUGGCCGUAUCUAACAUUCGAUCAGCGUACGCAAGCUGCCGAGGAGGUUGCCCAGCAUAUUGCCAAUCUGGCCAAGAAUACAUCCUCCAGCUUUAAAACAAUCUGGGGCUGCGGAGUUCUUGAACCGGGUCUCCUAUACAAGCCCCGAGAAGACUAUCCACUUUGGCGGCCAAGACUGCUUGGCCCAUUCCAGGAGGAGGAGGACAUGCGAGGUUAUAUGCUGAGGAUCUCGAACGAAGAGCCCCCGGACAUCGACGAGGAGUUCCUCUUCUACCAUGCCGAGCUUGGACCAAAGAAUAUCAUCGUCAAGGACGAUGGUCAUGUUUCCGGCAUAAUGAACUGGGAGUCCGCAGCGUACUACCCAAGUUUCUGGGUAGCAACCAAGCCGUUGCUGAAAUCUUUCGAGCUAGAAUGUGAUAAGGAAAGCCCAAAGAGCUGGGCGCAUCUCCUGAGGGGCAGACUCGAGCUGCAUUCCUUUACGCAACAGGACCGUGUAUUUGAUCGCUGGGUCAAAGGUAUGCUUUGA